AUGGGCCUCAAAAACCCCUUUCAGAAGAAGGGACAAGGGUCGUCUGCCCCGAGCGACGCUACACCGUAUACUGGAUCCGACAAGUCAGCAUACGACGAAGAGUAUGGACAGAACACAGACAUCACAACUGGCUGGACAGGUGAUGGUUUCGCUGGCGCCAACGAGUACCCGCGACAACCAGAGGGUCUGGGCGACGAGUACAGGACGCUGGGUCGCUGGCGAGCGUGUGUGAUUCUGAUCACCAUUGAAGUCGGCAUCGGUGUUCUCAGCUUGCCUUCUGCUCUCCAGACGCUCGGGCUCAUUCCUGGCAUUAUUGCCAUACUCGGUUUUGGAACUCUCACAACAUACUGUGGCUACGUCAUGGUCCAGUUCUACAGGAGAUAUCCCAUGGUUACCAACUUGGUCGAUUGCGCGCUCUACAUCGGCGGAAAGAACUUCGAACGCUUCUUUGGCGUGGCUUUCAUCUUCAACCUGGUCCUGAUCUGCGCCUCAGCAAACAUCACAAUGUCGAUUGCGCUCAACACGCUCUCGUCCCACGCUAUUUGCACCGUCGCAUUCAUAGCCAUCCCGCACAUUGCCUGCUGGCUGCUCUGCCUACCGCGCAAGCUCACAUUCGCCGCAGCCAUGAGCUGGAUCUGUACGAUCUCGAUCGUCGCCUCGGUCCUGAUUGUCAUGAUCGCACUCGGCGUCGCAGGCCCCAAGGCACCGCCCGGCUUCGACGUGAAAAUUAUCCUCGUCGGCAAACCUACCUUUGUAGAGACCGUAAAUUCGCUGCUCAACAUCGCCUUCGCCUUCGCCGGAAACCAGUCCUUCAUGAGCGUAAUGGCCGAGAUGCGCAACCCACAGAAGGAAUUCCCGCCUGCGUUGUUCAUGCAGAAGUCCUUCGAGGUCGUCGUCUACAUAGUCGUUGCGUGCGUUAUCUAUGGGCUUGCGGGUGACGCUGUUACCUCGCCUGCGCUCGGCUCCGCGCCCACGCUCCCGGCGAAGAUCGCGUACGGAAUCCUCAUCCCGUCCGUCCUGGGCACGGGGCUCGUCAUCGGCAUCACCGCGAUCAAGUACAUGUACAUCGCCAUCAUGCGCAAGGUGCGCCCCGAGCAGGUCAAUGUGCACAACGGCUUCACGUGGACCCUGUGGGUCGGACUCGGCACGCUGUUCUGGAUCGUGUCCUUCGUCAUAUCGAACGCGAUCCCGAUUUUCUCCUCAAUCCUCAACAUCAGCUCCGCCAUCUUCAUCUCGUGGUUCACCUUUGGACUUACGAGUGUCAUGUGGCUGCACCUCAACUGGAAGACACAGUUCAGCUCGUCGAGGAAGAUUGCGCUGGCGUGCUUGAAUUACGCCAUCUUGCUGAUGACGCUGUUCUUGAAUGUUGGUGGGUUGUACACGAGUUUGAAGGCGUUGAUCGAUGUCUUCAACGAUCCUAACUCCACGUUGAACGGACCGUUCACUUGUGCGGACAAUAGUAUCUUCUAG